AUGACUAUGGAGCAAUACAAUGCUAACCAAUACUGACUUCAGGGAAAUGUAUUUUUUGAGCAAGGCAAUUUAACUGCCGCUUGGCAAUUAUAUACAAAUGCCAUAAAAGCAAAUCCAGAAUGCCACGAAGCUUUCUAUUCCCAAGGGCUAGUGCUCCACAGAUUAGGAAAACUCUCAGACGCCAUCAGCGCAUAUGAUGCAUGCCUUCAAAUAAACCCAGCCUAUGUCUACGCAUGGACAAAUAAGGGUGCAACACUAUUUGACAUGGGUAAAUAUAAAGAUGCUAUUAGGUGCUAUGAGCAAGCUUUAAAGCAAAAUCCUACAGACUCCAUUGCACACCACAAUAAAGGAAUUUCCUGUGCAAAGUUACGUCAGUACCCUAAAGCUAUAGAAUGCUAUGAUAUUGCACUUAAGAUAAAUUCUAGAUAUGCCCCAGCUUAUUAUUACAAAGGGAACGCUCUUAGGAGAAUGGGAAAACCUGAAGAGGCGUUAUUUUGCUAUGAUGCUGCUAUUUCUAUAAAUCAGAGAUAUAUCCAAGCAUAUUUUCAUAAAGGGAACACCCUUUUCCAAUUAAAUCGGAAUGAUGAGGCAAUGGCAUGCUUUAAUACAGCAAUUAGGAUUUCUCCUAAUGAUUCAGCAGCACACUAUAAUAAAGGAAACGCUCUUAAUAGAAUGGGAUUGCCUGAAGAAGCGCUAGAAUCUUAUAAUUUGUCAAUAAGGUUAAAUUCAAAAAAUACCUUAGCAUAUACAAAUAAAGGUGCAAUCCUUGACAGUCAAGGAAAAUUCGAAGAAGCCUUAGAAUGCUAUAAUGCAGCUAUAAGAGCUAAUCCAGAUAAUUCAUCAGCUUAUAAUAACAUCGGCCUUGUCCUUCAUAGGCUUGGAAAAUAUAGAGAUGCUUUAGGAUACUAUAUUGAUGGAAUUAAAAAGUGUCCAGAUUCCUCACUUUUAUACAAUAAUAAAGGAAACUCUCUCUUCGAACUAGGGAGAGUUGCAGAUGCUAUCCAAAGCUACGACAUAGCUAUAAAGCUUGAUUCAGACAAUAUUGAGGCUUAUAAUAACAAAGGGUACGCUCUUUUCAGCAUGAGUGAAUACAAAAAAGCAUUAAAAUGCUACAACACUGCUCUUAGCAAAUCUCCAACGUAUGCAAACGCACAUAACAGAAAAGGCGCACUUCUUUUUAAUAUGGAAAAUUUUGAAGAAGCUUUACAAUGUGCAGAUGCUGCAAUUAGACUUAAUCCUACAUCUGUUUUAUAUCUUUGCAAUAGAGGAAGAGUGCUCAAUAAGCUUGGUGACAGAAAAAGAGCUUUAGAAGAUCUUAACAGGGCUGCUGAUCAAGCAAGAACUGGAAAAAUGGGGAAUAAUUUAGACAAAAAUAACAUAGAGUACAUAAAUGAAGUUCUAGGUCCUGAGCGAGAAGAGCUUAUAAGAGAUUUAGGAGAAUUUCAAAGCGAAAUUAUUAAGCAAGAAGAAAAACUUUGGAAAAUUCUAGAAGAGGCUGGUGAUGAUCCAUAUGUAGCAAUGUUGGUUCGAGAAGAGAAAAAGAACAUUAAAGAAGAAGAAGAUUUUAUCUAUUCUAAAAUAUGAAAUUGCAUAGGUUCAAAUAAUAGAGAUCCUGAAGAAGUAAAUGAAUCAAAAGCAUUGAUGACAGCUAUUUUAAAAAAGGUGUGUGAGCGCAUGGAAAAAUUGGAGAACGAAUCAAUGAAUAAAGUCGAUAGGAGCGAAAUUGAAAAAAGUGCCUUUAAAGUUAAUCCUGAAAUAGAAGGGAAUCCUUAUCUCAAGCAAUAUUACUCAGCUUUAUAUGGUAAAUUAUAUGAUGCAAUUACUGAAGCUGAUGCAAUUUCUGGAGGGCAUAUUGGAUUGGACGAUGCAAAUUAUAAGACAAACCUUUUCGCAAUGGCUAUCACCUUAAUCCCAAUGGUAGGAGAAACCUUAAGUAUGGCUGCAGACGCUCUUGUCAGGCUUAAAAAGCGAAACGAUAUAAAAUCCGAAGCAAUAAAGCUUAAAAAAGUUUUAGGACUCAACCCAAGUGACCGCAACAAUGCAAUUAAGGAAGCAGCUGAGACUAUUACUUUACAGUCUGCUCCCAAACUAUACAAUAUUGAAAUUAAUGAAGAAGUUGAGCAUUGACUCAAUAGGGGAUUGGUUGAAAGGGGAAGAUCUUUUUUCAUAGUUAAUAUGAAUAGAGGUUUAUAUGAGAAAAAAACAGAAAUUUUGGGUUGCAUUGAUGCCUUGAAAAUAAUUUUUGCAAUUGUUAAUGAUCAGAUACCAGAAGAACUAAGUCAUGAAGCUCUGGUGAAUCAGCUAGUCACAGCUCCGAGUCGAUUAAGGUUUACAAAAGGCAAAAAAGUUUCAAUGCCUGAACAUAAGCCUUGCUGUGUUGUAUUUCCAGUAUUAAAAAUUACUUAUGAGAACAAAUUACUGAAUGAAAUUAACUUAAUGAGCAAAACAUGUAAGUUGACUGGACAAAAAUUAUCAAAUUUUGUGAACUUUUUAAUAGGAUAA